GUGGGAGUUAUCUUUCACGCUGCCUCUUCAGCCAUUGCUCAGCAUUUUAUCUUGUCUAGAGGAUCGUCACCUGUGCUUCAGAGUGCUUCAGACGUUUGGCCUGCAGGACUGCACAGACAUGGCUGAUGGUCGUUUUUUAAAACCUUCCGUGUUUGUAGUGGACGGUGGAACCGGUUUCCCGCCGCCGCUGCCCCCCAAACCGGGACAGAGACGAAUCCAGAAACGGAAGAAGCUUCUGAUCCAGAACCUGCUGGUGGUGCUGGUGUGUCUGGCUUUGGCUGGUUUAUUAGUGGAGGGUUUCUUCAUCUACAGACUCCACCACACUAACCAAACCCAGGUGUCUAUUCCUGCUCAGCCGAAGACCGAAGCACUACAAGGAGAACGAAUUAAGGAGCAACCUUCCAAGGAGUCGAGGCCACCUACGAUCCCCAAUCCGUCAAAGCCUCUUGCACAUCUGACAGUCGCUAAGAAACCUGAAAAGGAAGGAAUCGUGGAAUGGAAUGGUAAUGAAAAUGGAGAGUCCUUUGUUUACCAGUUCAAGUACAAAGAUGGGAAGCUGAUCGUUCGGAAAGAGGGCUACUACUACGUGUACUCCAAGCUUAGCUACAGUGCAGACAGCACUUCCUUCAGCUAUACGGUGGAAAGGGACACAACGCGCUAUCUGGGUAAAUCCAUCACGCUCCUCAGACACAACAGAUACAACGCGAAACCGGUCCACAAAAGCAACGUGAGGGACAGCUACCUGGGCGGGGUCUUUCAUCUGCUGAAGGACGAUGGGCUUUUCGUUCACGUCAGUAACGGCUCUCUGAUUCGUCUAUAUAUGUCCGCUGAUAACUUUUUCGGCAUGUUUAUGCUGUAGAUAGAAUAUCGGCACAUGUUUAUAACCAUAGGCGCCGGCUUCCUGGGUGCUGGACUUUAGAAUUCUUAUCUAGAUAUCUUAUAUUUAGACAUUUAAGUUAGAAAUGUACUCCAGUUGGAGAGUAAUGGUAAUAAUGGUGAUAUUAGCUGUCUUCUAUGUGGUCUGUUCACACUAUCAGUGAUGUGAUUAGUUAUUUUCAGUGACAGAUGGCUGUGUAAAGGUUGUACAUUUCCAUACGAUGUGGUGUGGUACAACUAACCCUGUGGUAUCUCUUUAGAAAGUGUGUCUGGUGGACCCUCAGGGGCAAUGACGUAUAACCAGAGGGUCUGUGAAUGUUUUUUAAAUGUACUGUUUGACUGAUCACUUAAAUUGAAUUGGAUUAAUCUGUAACCUAAGAGCAAGUGAGACUAUAAAUAAUGAACUCAGGCCUAAUGUGGUCUAGCUCGGGAAUAAAAAUCACUCUGGCUCUAACAAAUUUGACUCGGAUUAGAUUUGGAAAAAAAUACACCAUCGGCUCAGGAUUCCUGGUUCCUAAAUGUUUGAGGAGAAGCCCUGUCCUGUGGUAAGAGGUAAAUUCUGGCAGGGUAGAACAUCGCUCUGGUAUGUGGCUUGGGAUGCAGCCAGUAACAGAAGGAGGAAGCAACUGUCAAAGACAUUAACCAUGUUCUUAGGUGCCAGAUUUUUUCUUUAUUUUAAGACUCGCUGUACUGCUAGAGCUGUUGAUUAGCCAAACACAACAGCUUGAUGAGUUGAUGAGUUUUGUCAUUAGGAACACAUUUAUUCUGUCAAAUUAGCAGGGCAAUCCUUGAUUCAGGAAAUUUUACACAACGUUAGUCAACGGUGCAACAACUCCGACUACACGUUUCCGAUACCACUCACAAAAUUCUAGACUUUUUAGCUUACUAUGAGUCGCUAAACGUGAGAGAAUACCAACCUAUAGGCCACUCAGAUUGUUCUUUAGCAGUACAAAGAAGCCAUACACACCUCUCCAGAAGGUCUUGCAGCUCAUAAAUGUUAAUUGAAGGUACAGUAUGGCCUACACAACUGUGAAAACUCACCACUCUGUGAACACCGGCUAAAUCCAGACUGUUUGGCUCGGAAAAUAUUGUAUUGUAUAGCUCCGAGAGACGUGGGUAUUUAACCUCCUCACACAGAGGGACGGUUUUUAAAAAUAGCUCCUCAAACAGAGCUAGGUCUAGGUUAGGAAACUGUUUCCAAUAGUUGUUGGAACUCUUAAGACAAACUUAUGUCGAAUGUGUAAGACUGGCUGGAAUAUGGCUGUCAUGUACAGUAUGAUGUCACACUCGUAGGCAGUUAGGACCACCCACAGUGAAGUCAUACACACACCACCACCUAUGUUUAUAACCUGACCAACGUUGGUAAAGGGGUUUUUUUUGUAAUCAGAGGUGCAAUAAAUGAAAAAUAUAAUGCUUAGAUAGAUAUUGGAGAUCCUGAAUAAUCACACGAUCACACCACUGGUAAUAUUUCUAUCCGAAAACUGACAGAUGUACAUUGUUGUUGCUUUGCUCCGUUUUUUUUUUUUUUAAAAAAGAGCAGAUUAUUAAUAAUGUUAUUAAUACUUUGCCAAUGUUUACCUGAAACAUCGUGGUUUAAUAGUGAAGAGUUUGCAGCAUUCUGUACGACAACGUCGGGCUUUUUCGUUCCUCAUCAUUUAAACUUCUCACCAAAAAAUAUUUUCACAUUGUUUGAAUGUAAAAUUUGCAAAAAUCUGUUUAAACCUUCGGCUACUGGACACGAUUAAAGGUUCUUUUGCACAAUAACAUUUUUGUUUUGAAUAUAUAUCUCUCUCUUUAUCUAUCUAUAUAAAUAAUUUAUUAUUUUUGGCUUAUGUAGUGACAAGCUUUUACACUGAAUGUCUACGAUGAUCAUUUUCUUUGUGAUCAUUUCUUG